GCGCCUGGGCCCGUUUAUCUGGUCACCCAUUCUCGAUUACCUGUUCAUAUUGUUCAAACUAGUCUUGUUAACAAAUACAUAAUUGACUGUGCUGAAUUUCUCGGACCGGGUCCACAACUCGAGAAUAACUUACUAUCCAAUGCUUCCCAGUUUGAUGCCAGUGGAGAUGAGGCAAGGGCCGAAAAUCAAUCGGAAUGCCUUCCGGCGAUGGCCAGCAGCUGGAUCAAGCCAAUUCCAGCCUUUGGAAGGCGUGAGACCAUAACAGACGUUAUACUUUCAGGCGCAGGUGAUAUCUUUAAUUAUCCUUCAGGAUAA